AUGGGACAAAGUUCAAAUGCAUCUAUAAAGCGGCGAGUGGCAUCAGCUGAAGCUGUUAUGCAUGGGCCACAGUGGAUUCCACAGCAAGCCCAACAUGUUCAUGCUCCGCAGCACCCGGCACCGCAACCUCAAACACAGACUCCAAUACAGCCAGGCCAGCCACAGACAGUCCUACUACAGCCAGGACAGCCGCAGCCAGCACCGCCACCCCAAUCGCAGUCAGUCUUGCUGCAGUCCGUCUUGCCGCAGCCACAGGCCGAUCCGCCUGCGACGCAAGUGCACUCACAUCAACAUCCGGGGGGGCAACCUCACACGGCCCUAGUCAGCGCCCCACAGUAUGCACAGCAUUUGUUUGGGCCCCAACCAGUAUCCCAACAACUUCCAGAGCCGGCACCGUCUCCAAGUCCGUCGGGAUCCUCUAGCGAUUCAACACUAGGAGGAUCCACACCCGAGUCAAUAGAAACGCCCGAGGAUUCGGAUGUAGAGGCCGACGAGGAAGAGGGGGCUGAGAAAGAAAAGGAAACCAAAAUUCGUGGUCUACUUUUCAUCCUCGAAUUCCAGCGCUUAUACGAGAUCCUGUCCCAAUCCCGAUCCAGGAUUUGCAGACCGCUUGCUCUAGAGGACCAUAGCGAGCGACCUAGCGAGGGUGCAGGCGGGCCCGAGUCCGCCGGCCGAAGCCAAGCUGGCGGGGCCUCAAGCCCAAGAGGGAGCUCCGAGUAUAGAGGCAGUAACGGAUUUUCAGAUAAUUGUACUAGCACCGUCGGUACGACCAGUCUAUCUAAGCGUCGGCGUACAGGUGGCGAUGGUAUCACAGAAAGUGACGAAGAUGAAAAUGAUCCACCACCACCGGUCAAAAAGCCUCGAAAGAAGGACAUCAGAUCUCUAGGGGGUAUGCUGGCAUGCCCAUUCGCGAAAGGGUGUCCUAAACUUUACCCCCAGUGUCUAGUUAUCGGAAGGCAGAAUCUAUCUGGAAUCAAGUAA